AUGCUGCGGAGGGGUCUGCUGGCCUGGGUGUCCCGUGUGGGCGUGCUAUUGGUCCUAGUGUGCUGCUCUCUGUCCCUCCUCUACGUCAUGACCUGCAGCCCCCACUCCGAGGACAACCUGGUGAGCCACGCCCUGCCACACCCAGGCGGACCCCCGGGACGGGAGGACUACCAGGCCAUGCUAGCGGAGCGUGAGGAGCAGCACAAGCUACACAUGGCGAGUCUGAAGAAGCAGAUCGCCCAGUUAAAAGAAGCACUGCAGGAGCGUAGUGAGCAACUCAAAGGAGUUCAAGAGACAAUGGAGCGGGCGGCAGGGAGAGGCCAGGGCGGACAGUCCCCAGGAGGAGGUGCCCUCGGGGAGGGGGGCCAGGGGCCUGGGGCUGACAGGAGCCACACAGACCUCCAGGAGUUCCUUCGCAGUCAGCUGGGCCGGGCGGAGGUCCACCAGGGUACUAGAAUACCCAAUGAGUACGCUGUGGUGCCCUUUGAGAGCUUCACCCUGCAGAGGGUGUACCAGCUGGAGAUGGGCCUGACAAGGCACCCUGAGGAGAAGCCCGUGAGGAAGGACCGGAGGGAUGAGCUGAGUGAAGCGCUGGAGACAGCCCUGCGGAGCCUCAACACACCCCGAGACGGAGCAGACAAGGGCCGCACCACCAAGGUCUACUCACCAUCAGACUUCAUAGAAGGUAUCGCUCGGACGGAGAAGGACAAAGGCACUCUGUAUGAGCUCACCUUCAAAGGGGACCAGAGCCGUGAGUUCAGGAAGCUGGUUCUGUUCCGUCCCUUUGGACCGCUGAUGAAGGUGAAGAACGAGAGAGUGGAUACGGCUAACGUCCCCAUCAACAUCAUCGUGCCCCUCUCCCAGAGGGCCGACAAGUUCAGACACUUCAUGCACAACUUCAGAGAGGUGUGUGUGCGGCAGGAUGGCCGUGUUCACCUCACAGUGGUGUAUUUUGGGAAGGACCAGAUGAAUGAAGUCCGGAACACUCUGGAGAACACGUCUAGGGAGAUCAACUUUAAGAACUUCUCCCUGCUCCAGCUAAAUGAGGAGUUCUCCAGGGGGCGUGGCCUGGAUGUGGGCGCCAGGGCGUGGAAGGGAGGAAACGUCCUCCUCUUCUUCUGUGACGUCGACAUCUACUUUACCGCCGACUUCCUGAACACCUGCCGUCUCAACGCUCAACCUGGUAAGAAGGUCUUCUAUCCUGUUCUGUUCAGCCAGUAUAACCCAACCCUAAUCUACGGCAAUCAUAACCACAUCCCGCCAGUUGAACAGCAGCUGGUGAUUAAAAAGGACACAGGAUUAUGGAGAGACUUUGGCUUCGGAAUGACGUGCCAGUACAGAUCAGAUUUCAUCAACAUCGGUGGUUUUGACGUGGACAUCAAAGGUUGGGGUGGUGAGGAUGUUCACCUUUACAGGAAGUACCUGCACAGCAACCUGCUGGUGGUGCGUUCCCCAUCGCGGGGCCUCUUCCACCUGUGGCACGAGAAGCGCUGUGCUGACGAGCUGCCCCCGGAGCAGUACAGGAUGUGCAUGCAGUCCAAGGCCAUGAACGAAGCCUCACACGGCCAGCUGGGCAUGCUCUUCUUCCGACACGAGAUCGAGGCACACUUGCGUAAGCAGAAACCCCAGCGGUCCAUUGCCAAAAAGACAUGAGGGAAUCACACAGGAAUCUAGACUACAGGAAGAGGGCAUGACAGUAUGACAGUCAUAGACAGUGAGGGGGUAACAACAACAAAACAGAGAUCUUCCGUUAUGAACAGUGAUGACAUAACAGUACUGACUCACUAUAGAGGAAAAACACUCCAAUAUAUCCUCCCUUUUGUUAUGCCAAAAAGGGCCUAACAAAAUACA